GGUCUGGUGUAGUGGUGUGUCCAGAAGAGAUGCAUCAUAUAGGAAUGCAGGGAUGCUGAGGGGCCGGUGUGUGAAAUGCGCGCGUUGUCAAAGCGACAGAGCAGCUUGGAAACAGAGCGAGAGAGCGAGAGCGAGAGAGAGAGAGAGAGAGAGAGGAGCACAGCAUCUAUCCCGAUGCAAAGAGUCCCGGAAAUACGGGAACACUGUUGCAAUCGCAGUCGCGGUGCACCGGAGCCGGUGAGCACCGUGACCGCCUUUAGAAGCAGGAAUCAGAUGCUGAAGAUGCUUGCAGAUUGCAUCUAGGACUUCGCGUGAAAUCAGCGUUGGUAGCCGGGAAACCGGAUUAUCUCGCGUCAAAUACGUUUAAACGAAAAUAUAGUGUUGGUUAGAAAAAAAGAGGGGGUUAAAAGGUCGUAGAAGUGAAUCUGUGUUUUAUUUUAUUUUUUCCUCCCCUUAUGCUGUGAUGGGAGAAACGGGCUGUCGUUUUCAAACAAGAAAUUCAACGUACAAAUUCAGCUAGACUUCAUUGACGUACAGGUUUGGUUAAUAGAGCGGCGCACGUACGCAAUUCUACACUUUUGAAAUCGUUUCCUAUGAAUGUCUCUGAUGUCGGGGUGUUGUGGGGAGAAGACGUGAAACAUUUCUUGCUGUUUUAUGCUCGGACAACGGAGAUUCUUGUGGUUUAUUCAGAGACGCUAAAUAUGAAAGAAUGCAGCUUGGGCUGAUGGAAUUGCGCUGACAACAACUGAGAAAACGAGGAAAUACCAUAGAUCUCAGUAUACACAAACCGCCGAUUUCUGCCUGCUGCUCAUACCCAGGUGGAGUCGGUGAGCUUAAUCUGCAUUUCCAUGGGAACGCUGAUCGCUCCCGGGGAGGCGUCGAUUACGGUGGAGUCGGUGAACAUAAUCAGUGUUUCCAUGGGAACGCUGAUCACUCCCGGGGAGGCGUCGAUUACGGAUCAGCGAUCAUCUGCGUGACCUCUGUGACUGACCCCAUGAGACGGGCCCAGGGAGAUGGAACGUAACAGACUUUUCACCUUUACUCUCCACUGCAUUUCAACAACACACCAGGGCUGAGCACGACAUAAGCCACUCGUCCACCCCAACCCUUCCACAGUUCCCCCAUUCCUUUCCUCCCUUCUCUUGUUCCUCUUCCUGAAAGACACCCAAACAAACCAACAGGUUCACUUGUUCUUCUUCUUUGUUGUUAUUGUUUAACUUUCCUUUGCCCUUCACCUGAGACAAAAUAAAGAGGAAAUUAAUAAACCAGUGGAGCGAAGAGAGAACGAAAGAACGAAACAGUCAUGUAUCCCCCCCAUGCCUGUAAACGUGACUUGGGCCAAACCCACAAGUCAGAGGCCACCCACACAAUCUCCAUCCUUUGGCUGGCACUCUGGAUAACACUGGCAGCAUGCCAACAUAUUGAUCCUGGCAUCAAGUAUCCCACUGUCACCACAAACUACGGCAAGUUGCGUGGGAUAAAAAAAGAGCUCAAUAACGAGAUCCUGGGUCCUGUGGAACAGUAUCUGGGUGUCCCAUAUGCCACAGCGCCAAUUGGAGACCGCCGCUUCCAGCCACCUGAAGCUCCUGGGUCCUGGCAGGAAGUGCGGAACGCCACGCAGUUUGCCCCUGUGUGCCCACAGAGCGUGCAUGGUGUUUUGCCUGAGAUCAUGCUGCCUGUCUGGUUUACCGACAGUCUGGAUGUGGCAGCCACCUACAUUCAGAAUCAGAGUGAAGACUGCCUCUACCUCAAUGUAUAUGUGCCCACAGAGGACGGUCCACUCACAAAAAAACUUGAUGAAUCAACACUGAACCGGCCACGAGAUGAAGACAUCCGUGACCGUAGGAAGAAACCUGUCAUGCUUUUCAUUCACGGUGGCUCAUAUAUGGAAGGAACCGGAAACAUGUUUGAUGCCAGCGUGCUUGCAGCGUAUGGCAACGUCAUUGUGGUCACCAUGAACUACAGACUAGGAGUUCUGGGUUUCCUUAGCACAGGAGAUCAGUCUGCUAAAGGAAACUAUGGCCUGUUGGAUCAAAUCCAGGCACUGCGUUGGCUGAAUGAGAAUAUUGGACACUUCGGUGGUGACCCUGAGCGGAUCACUGUCUUUGGCUCUGGGGCUGGAGCGUCAUGUGUCAACCUUCUCAUCCUGUCGCACCACUCUGAGGGGCUGUUUCAGAGAGCCAUCGCUCAGAGUGGUUCAGCCAUCUCUAGCUGGUCCAUUAACUAUCAACCUUUGAAGUACACCAAGAUUCUGGCCCGUAAAGUGGGAUGCACGUAUGGGGAGACUGCGGACCUUGUGGACUGUCUUCGCAGGAAAAACUUCAGAGAGCUGGUGGAUCAGGACAUCCAGCCCGCCCGCUACCACAUUGCGUUUGGACCUGUGGUGGACGGAGAUGUUGUGCCAGAUGACCCAGAGAUCCUCAUGCAGCAGGGGGAGUUCUUGAACUAUGACCUGCUUAUUGGUGUAAAUCAAGGUGAGGGGCUGAAAUUUGUGGAUGAUGGGGGCACUGAGAGUGAAGAGGGGAUUUCAGCUGCAGCAUUUGACUACACCAUCUCUAAUUUUGUUGACAACCUCUAUGGAUACCCUGAAGGUAAAGACAUCCUGAGGGAGACUAUUAAAUUCAUGUACACAGAUUGGGCAGACAGAGACAAUGGGGAAAUGCGGCGGAAGACUCUCCUCGCAUUAUUCACUGAUCAUCAGUGGGUGGCGCCAGCAGUCGCUACUGCCAAGCUUCAUGCGGAGUACCAGUCUCCCGUUUACUUCUACACAUUCUAUCACCACUGCCAAACAGAAACACGACCUGAAUGGGCAGAUGCGGCACAUGGGGACGAGAUUCCAUAUGUGUUUGGCGUGCCCAUGAUUGGAGCAACUGAUCUCUUCCCUUGCAACUUUUCCAAAAAUGAUGUCAUGCUUAGUGCUGUGGUCAUGACCUACUGGACCAACUUUGCCAAGACCGGUGAUCCCAACUUGCCUGUUCCUCAAGACACCAAGUUCAUCCACACAAAGCCCAAUCGCUUUGAGGAAGUGAUCUGGACCAAGUUCAACUCUAAGGACAAGCAGUAUCUGCACAUUGGCCUUAAACCUCGCAUCCGUGACAACUACCGAGCAAACAAGGUUGCCUUCUGGCUGGAACUUGUUCCUCACCUCCACAACCUCCAUGAGGAGUUCCCAAGCCCCACCACAACCCGGCUGCCUCCAGGGACCGCUCGUACCCCACACUGGAAGGUCCAAGGACCCCGUACAACACGUCAGCCUUUCCCUACCUUCCCUUCUGAAACAGAGCCAGAUGGCUCAGAGCCUCCAAGAUUUUCACCCUUCCCAAGCGACACCCGGGACUACUCCACUGAACUAAGCGUGACAGUAGCAGUUGGCGCAUCACUCCUGUUCCUGAACAUCCUGGCCUUCGCUGCUCUUUACUACAAACGUGAUAAACGGCAUGAGAUGCGAAGGCACCGGCUGUCCCCGCAACGUGGCGUAACCGCUAAUGACUUAGCACACAGCCAGGAAGAGGAGAUAAUGUCCCUGCAAAUGAAGCACUCAGAGCACGAUGCACACCAUGACAUGGAGCCAUUGCGACCGCAUGAUAUUCUACGACCCACGUGCCCACCCGACUACACGUUGGCCCUAAGGCGGGCCCCUGACGAUGUGCCACUCAUGACCCCCAAUACCAUCACCAUGAUUCCUAGUACCAUCACUGGCAUGCAACCGCUGCAUGCCUUCAACACUUUCCCCACAACCAUCGGCCACAACAACACACUCCCCCACCCACACUCCACCACCCGUGUAUAGUACCAUCCCCAAGAUGAGAGGACUAGCUCUCACACAUAUCCAGUUUUCUCUCUCUGUCCACCUUUUGAGCUCUUUAACUUAAAAUGCUCUUGGCUUCAGUACCAAGGCAGCAACAGUAUAUUUUGUUGGCAUUCUCACAGACAAAAAUCAGAGAAUUGCUAAAUGUUGUACACACUAGAGGAGCUCUGUUUACUAACUCUACAGUGAGCAACAAUUUUGGCUGGCGGUGACGAAUCAUAAACCUCUUACUGGAUUUCUGCUUGCUGUUUAUUUUUCCACAAUGUCCUUAAAUAAAUGAGGCAAUGACUGGUUGAUAAUUGACUAAGGUCAUCUGAUGUCAUGAGUGGAAAUUAGAACAUUUUCCCACUUUUUUCUCUCGCUAAAGUGGCAGAGUGCAGAUCUGUGCAUCUCUUUAUCUACUUUCUCUCAUCCAUUUCUUUGUUAUUCCAUUACAUUGUUGUCACUACCAAAUUAUUUAUCUUUCCUGUGAGCACUGUCUGAAUGUGAUCUGUAACCUUGGAUUCUGUUUUUUUUACCUGCAGUCUUGUGUCAAGCAUUAAAUCAUACGUUGUAACAAGAGACAGAGAGAAUAAGCGAAAAUGACAACCUCUGACAAAAGACAAAAGUGCCAACCUAAUCUCUCUCUCUCUCUCUCUCUCUCUCUCUCUCUCUCUCUCUCUCUCUCUCUCUCUCUCUCUCUCUCUGUCUGCUCUAUUUAUGUCGUUUUAUCACACAUAUUUGAUUUGGCUAUGUGUUGAUUCUUAGAAAUUUUUUGUAUGUAUAGAUAUAUAGACAAAUAUAUAAAAGAAUGAAAUAUAUAUUUACAUGGUUUGCCUGGUGGGAUCUAUGCAUGAAAUAUUUUUAAAGUAACAAAGAAGGGCAUUGUCAUAUAUGACAUCAUAUAUAGUUGUGGGAGCUAUCAGUCGACCAAUGGCAGUGGUAGUGAUGUACAUGUAAUGUACUAGUGAACUACCAGAGCUAUCUGUGAUGGUCAGGUCAGUUUAUUGGCAGAUACUUAGAUACCACAAAUGGCAAAUGCACAUGUAGCUUUUUUUUACAUCUCUCUCUCUCUCUCUCUCUCUCUCUCUCUCUCUCUCUCUCUCUCUCUCUCUCUCUCUCUCUCUCUCUCUCUCUCUCUCUCUCUCUCUCUGUCCUCGCUCUUUGUUUAACACCAUUGUUUGAUAUUCAAAGGCCCAGCAUAAUAAGCAGCUUUUGUGUACACAUGGCAAGUGUGUCUUUUCUAGCUAUUAUGUCUCUUGCCAUCUGUGUUAACAUGAGUGUGUGAAUUAAGCUGUAUGUCAACAGUCUUUAGCAAUGGUAUGUGUCAGAGAGAGAGAUAGGUACAGGAGAAAGUCAAUGACUCCACCAGCUGCUUAGGGUAAAAAUGCCCUUGUUAUUUCUCUCUUUCUCUGGCCCCCUCUCGUUCAUGCUGUUCCAACCAAGCUAUAUGUCAUUGUACAUGUAAAUUGUGUAUGGGGUUCUGUAAGUCCGUUGUGAGAGGCUGGAAGAUUAUAAGCACCUCAUAUAUCAAUCAGUUUGAUGUGUUUGACCACAUUUCUCCAUAUCACACAUCUGUCUGCAUGGAAAACCUGACUUUCUGGUUUACGACAAGCACAGCAAAGAGAAAGUCAGGGAUUGUGGUUAAAUUGUGGAUAAACAGUUUGUAGUUAAAUUUCUUCAAAUCAAAAUCACCAGACAAAACAUCAGCUAUGUGAUUAACAUGAUCACUUCUCUUCAUGCCUGGUUUGUCUCACUUUAAUGUUUCUGCUAUGUGUAACGGGAGGAUGAGGGUGUGUCAGGAAAUGUGUGUCUUGCUGUCGGCUCAGCUGUCUGAGAUGUCCAGAACAUUUCUCUGUCAUACACAGAACCAAUAUGAUGGAGCAAAAACUUAUGCCACUAUGCUGCACAAUAUACUAUAACAUGCAGAAACUAUUUGCAUUGCAGAGAUAGUAUACUGGAGGUUCAGUAUGCCAUGCAAACUUUUUCUGCAGUAAUGGACUAAAAACCCAGUGGAGCAACAAUAAACAAGGGGGAAGACUGCACAAACUACAACUACUAUGAUAAAUUUGUUUUGAGGUCUGAGAGUAUAAUUUGAACUUGUGGAUAUGUAUCAUUUGUGGACUUUUAUGUGGUUGUAGGUAUAACUGACCUCCAUUUUAAACAAGCUGAGGACUUGACUAAAGCUGCGUACAAAUAACAGCCUCAGUUCUAAUAAUCAAUACUGAUUUAAGGGAUGAGUAUAGGAUGUUUUGUUAUUUUUCUUGCUUGUUUUUGUACGCUCAGCCACUAGAGUGUGAUGUUGUGGUACAUACAGAAUAAAGACUCAACAUCCAUAAUGAGCCAUUCAUUGGGUCUUCAGUAGGCGUACAGUGAGAGAAAGAUCCAUUGAAGUUAACUGUACAUUUUUAGUGUAAGAACAAAACAGCAGAAAAUAUUUGUAAAUAUUCAGUUACCUGUUUGUUUGAUGUUUUGUUUUUGUUUUCUUUUCUUUUUUUCUGGUCAAAUGAAAUAUGAAAUACAUUGUGACCAGGACAACAGGUGCAAGUUGUAAUUCAGCCACCAGCAAAAUUGGCAAAUCUCGCUCACAAGAGGUUCAAUUCUCUUUCUGCUGCUUCAUUUAGUUUUGGGAUCUGUGGAUGGAGAUGAUUUAUUGCUCUUGCAUUUAAGCAUAAAAAUAUCAUGUAGCGUAUUGAUGUCACUUGAAUCAUCACAGCUAGUCAUAUUUCUGCACAAGUAUGAUUAGCCGUAAUUUCAGAUACAGUAUAAAACCUGCCAGUUCUUAUAAAAUGUUCAAGUUCCUAGACAAAUCCUAGGCACUAGAUGCCUUUCGUGAAAUAACUAAUAUUAUGUAGAACUAAAUAAAUAACUAUAAAAAACUAAUAAAUGUAUAACUUUAUGGUCACAUUUUACACUUCACAAGUACAUUUAAUAAAUUUUGAAUGAAUUAGUGAAAUAAUGGCAUAAUAAAUAUGGAAUUAAGAGUGCAAGAGGAUCUCAGUAUGUCUGGCGGUUUAAAGAUAACUGAAUAAAUGAAGCACAUUUUUUUCCUCUAAGAAAAUAUAGUUUUACUGUGCCCUAAAGCAAAUUUACACCUGUUGCCCUGUUUUACUCUAUGUUCAGAAUCAGAAAGCCACACUUGAGAUGAAGAAUAAACAUGUUAAUAAAUGAUUUUCAAAAAGAAAAGGUAAAAAUAUAUGAAUAAGGUGAUGAUAUUUCUCUUUAUUUAGAAAUUAUUAUACACUGUAUGCUGUGACUCUGAUCUGGGGAAUAUUAAAGAAAUUCAUAGCCAGACAUCAGACUCUGUUUCCUUUUAAUCAAGCUACAAUUCAUCUAAAUCACUCAUUUAAUAAGUAAUACAAGUAUAUGUUAACUGCAAUAAAUCAUCUUACCUGAAGUGUUUUCCAACAAUAAACUUAGAAAAUGUUUUCCCUUACCAACAAACAGUAUUGAGCUGUGUCCCAAAUUACGCUCUAUGCACUUUGUACUCGGCCAUCUGGUGUUUGAACUUUCAAAAUAUAGUAUCGUCUGAAAUGGAACAUUAAUGUUUUUCUACACAGGAGCAUUUGUUGUUUUUCAGCUGACAUAAGUGAUGUUUCAAAUGAAAGUGAUGUCCUGCCACUAGCUUUAGUGCAUUAACAAAACUCAAUUCAUCAUUUAUAUCUCAAAUAAUACAUGUAACUCUGCCCCUUCCAUUUCCUAAGGAAAGCUGCAGCACUGAGUGCAUGAAGUGUCCAACAUUUCACACUCCAUUUUGUCGAAGAAGUGCAUCAUACUGGUACUCACAAUACACUUCAUUGCAUUUUCAAUGUUAACAUACUACUCGCUCUACUUACACUACAAAUGGCAUCGAAUAGUGCCCAGGUAUGCGAUUCGGGGUGCACCUUUUGUCUCACUGGCAAUAGUUAUUCACUAUGAGAUCAACAUGCUCAGCUAUUCACCAUCACAACUGAUGUACCUGUUUGUUUUAAGCGCAAAUGUGUGGCAAAGCUGAGAGAGAAGAGAGUUUAUUACUUGGAAUAAUAAAAAAUACAUUUAUACACAAACACCAAACUCAAUUUACAUAUGUAUUAGAUGUGAUAAAACAUACAGUUUUAUUUACUUUAAUUCAUUCAGCAAGCACUUUAUUCCAAAUAGACUUAUAUGUGAGGAAUACUACAACACAAGUGAUUUGUCUUAACGAGACAAUAACAUUAGAUCCAGCUGGAUAAAACAGACAUAACACUAAUAAAGAAAAAACUAUUUUAUAUUAGACCCAUUCAGAUGGAUUACUAUCUUGAUAACAAUAAGCUGUCAAAAUGACAAUACAUCAAAAUCAAGACCUGUGUAUUUCAUCUACGAACAUACAAAUUGUUAUUCAUGGUUUCUGCUGCUAAGAAACACAGAAGUAUUGAGGUAAUAAUACAGUACUGUAUAACCCACUGUAUACUGUAUACGUAGCAUCUUAUUAUAAAGAAAUAAAAAAUAAAAUGUAGAUGAGAAUAAAAAGUUAGAAUAUAAGUUGUACAUUAUCUAUUACCACAAAACAUACACUGUAUGAGAGUUAUAUCUAUCAAACAACAAACAACAAAAAUUUAAAUGAAAUUCCAUUAACCACUUGUACUAACAUAUGAGACAUUCCCCAUGGUACACUCUUAAAGAUUUGCCCGUCAAAAAACAGUAAAGAACUGGCAGCAGGAUUGCCAGCAUGUUACUGUAAAAUUAACGGUGUCUUGCUGUUGCUGAAAUUAAAAGCUAGAUACUGUUUUUACAGCUACAGUAUACAACUGUAAUUUAGCAGCAUAUAGCUGUCAAAUUACAUACUAUCUACUGUUGUUGAAAUUAACUGUUAUGUUCCCCGCAUGCACUGCGGCAUGAAGAAAUUACUUCGAUUUUUUACUAUUUACUGGUUUAUUUUAACAUUGUUUUUGUUGUAGUCUAAGUUACUUGGAUUUUAAUGUUCAGCUCUUACUUUUUUACAUAAAAGUAUGUUUGUUAAUUGUCACCACUGCUGCAUUUUGUAUGCCGAGAGUUGAUAUAUGUGUGUCUUGAAAACAGCUCGAGUUAUGCUGUAACUUCAUCAAACAUGGGUUCUGCUGUAAGUUCAUCAAACACUCAAUUCGCAGAUAUAAUUUUGCUGAAAUAUCCUUUAUUGUUUUUCCUUUAUUUUUUUUAUGUGUAAUGCAUCACUAUUGCCACAUAUAGUGCCAUUUGCAAGGUAGGAUCAGAUAUUCAAGCUGACCUUAGAUUUAGUUUUCCAAGUAGCACAGUGCAUCAACUUGUCUUUUACUUAAAUGUAAAUUGACUGUCUGGAAGAACAUAAUAUAAUAAUAAAAUAGGUCCAAGGUGCCAGCUCAAGAGAUCACUAAUCACCAUAAUGGUGACUUCAAUCAAACAACUAUUGAUAACAAAACAACAACACUAAUUAAACUAAGAUUUCUACUAAGUCUGAAUAAAUAAUUUGGUACGUUUUUUUUUUAUUUUAUUUUUUUUUACAAUUUUUGUAGCUCCAAUGCAUUUGCCAAAGCACACAUACUUAUUCAAGCGCAACGACUUGUGGGUAUUUCACCAUUAUAACCCACAGUGCAGUGCUAUACUGUUAUUUUAUGUGUACAGAUUGUUGUUGUUGUUUUUUUUUUUCUUUCAUAAAAAAUAAUCCUGGCAAAAUUGUACAUUUGAUAUGUACAUUGCUUCUAAGGUUGAUUUUUUUUAUUUUAUUUGACUUCUCAUUAGACAGACAAAUGUCGGCUGAUGUGAGAUGAUAAAGAACAGAGGUGUUGGUCAGAAACAUCAUGAACACUAACCAUGUGCCACAAACAAACAUUUUCAUGGGGGGGGGGGGGGGG